ACUGAACAGCACAUAAAGAAAAGCCAGAAACUCACAGAAGUCAACAACCCCAGCAGACUUCCUUCCAUCUCUCCAGAAUUCACAGAUCCUGAUCGUCCUGCCUCCCAGUCGAAGUAUCGAACUGAGCCUGGCUUCGUCCUCGACCUCGCCGCCGCCGCGGCUCCGUCCUCUCAAAUCAAAGCCAAUAUGCAGAAGUCUCACCUGUUUCAGUUCGGUCGCCCAAGCUAACUGUUGUGAUAUCCGUUCAUGGUCUGUUCGCUUGUGUGUGACCAGCACAAGGUCGCGUUGUGCCAGCUCGCCGUCACACCGGACAAGGACGGGAACAUCGCCCGCGCCCGCGCCCGCGUCGAGGCCGCCGCCGACGCCGGCGCCAAGCUCGUCGUCCUGCCGGAGAUAUGGAGCUGCUCGUACGCAAUGGAGACACUGGCAAGUUACGCGGAAGACAUAGACGGCGGAGAGUCGCCGUCUAUCUCGAUGUUGUCGGAGGUCGCCGCCGCCAAAAAGAUCACCAUUGUAGGUGGAUCCAUACCCGAGAAGGCGUCUGGGAAGAUGUUCAACACCUGCUGUGUCAUCGGACCGGAUGGAAAGAUAUUGGCCAAGCAUAGGAAACUGCAUUUGUUUGAGAUUGACAUCCCAGGAGACAUCACGCUCAAGGAAUCUGAUACAUUCACAGGUGGACAAGAAACUACUAUAGUCGACACAGAUGUUGGACGCAUUGGCAUAGGAAUAUGCCAUGAUAUCCGGUUUCCAGAGCUUGCAAUGUUGUACAGAUCAAAAGGUGCGCACCUGAUAUGCUAUCCUUCUGCAUUCAACAUGAGCACCGGGGAGCUCCUCUGGGACCUCAUGCAGAAAUCCAGGGCCGUUGACAAUCAGCUGUUUGUAGCAACCUGCUCGCCGGCGCGAGACCCUAAUGUGAACUCGGACUACAUGAUCUGGGGCCAUUCGAGCCUCAUCGGACCAUUUGGUGAAGUGCUUGCGGCAGCUGGGCAUGAGGAAGCGACCGUCAUCGGCGAGAUGGACCUCACCACGAUACAGUCUACAAGGGAGAACCUCCCGUUGGAGAUGCAAAGAAGAGGAGACCUCUACCGAUUGAUUGACGUUCUGGUCAAUGACUCGAUGAAAUCGCGCUCUGAUAAGCUGUGCCUCAAGAUGCCUGCCUAGUCACCCACCAGUGUAGCACUGACUGACUGACUGACAUGUACGAACGGUUGGGAACUUCACAUGUUGGACAUGUAUAUCAUACAUUUAGGCCUUGUUUAGUUUACCCCAAAAAUCAAAAAGUUUUCAAGAUUUCCCGUCA